CACUUCAUGAAAAUGCACGCUGAAAAGAAGCAUAAAUGCGACAAAUGUACCAAUUCGUACGGCACUAUAUGGGAUUUAAAGCGCCAUGUUUUGGACUGUGGCAAGACUUUCCAGUGUACUUGUGGCUGUCCAUAUGCUAGUAGGACAGCAUUGUUAUCUCAUAUUUAUCGGACACAACAUGAGAUCCCGGUUGAACACAGGGAUCCGCCUAGCAAGAAAAGGAAAACUGAGGCUUCACUAUCUAACCGCCUGCCGGAAGACAGAACAACAAACAGGACCUCUGCCAACAUCUGCCACAGCAGAUGUUCCAGCACGGAGGAUUUGGAGAGCUCUGAAACCAAGUCUACGGCUUCUUUGGACGACCCCAGCCAAUCUUAUACUAUUCAGCAAGCAGAAGCACAGCCCAGAAAUGCACCAAAGUUUCUCUUGCCUAAGCCGAAAACGGGUUUGGUUAAGCUCCCUGUAAUGCAGCUGACUCAGUUGCCUAUCUUCGUGCCAGCACCGAACUCUUCUGUGAAGUCCGUGGUGGUGGCUGUGGACGACAGAGGCUCCGUUAUGAGUGCUGUUCACUUCAUGCCAAUGCCAGUUGGAAUUAUGAUCCCUGCCCUGGAGGCUGAAACCCUUGCCUUCAAAACCCCCUCAGCCCUUUCCAGAACCAAAACUGCCGAUGGCACUAAGCCAGUUAGUACAGGCAUCCAGGUGAAUUUAGGCAAAGCUGCUCCCCAUAACCCAGUCCAGGCUCUAGAAGCCCUGUGCUAUAAAAACGGAAUCUGUUCCACAAAUGUUCAAACUGACCUAUCUUAUGUUUCCCAGAGCUUUGUGCCUCCGGCAGCUUGGCCUCCCGAUUCCUCGGUGUCCUCGUGUUCUCAGACAGACCUGACUUUCAGUUCCCAAAUGUUGCUUCCGGUGAGCGUAGAGACACAAACCCUGUUACCCGGCUUAAAGCUGACUUCCUCCAUAGCUGCUCAGACAGAUGUGCUCAGUCAGGCUUGCUUCCAACCCGGUGGGAUUUCCCGGGAGACUCAGACCAGCAAGUCCCAAAAAGGUAUGGGUGAGAACGUACACAUGGACCAGACCGUCACGUGCAGCAGUCUUUUCAGCAGCGUUAAUGCCGCAUUCCCCGAUUCAAGCCCAAUCGCUCAUCCUGGCGGCCCCUUGAUGGCAGCCAACCUGUGUCAGAAUAUGCUACCGCAAGGAAACUGCAAAACUUUGAGCCCGGACACAAAGUGUGAGCCGAUGCUCAGCUUCAACCCACCGACAAACGGUAUUCUUCCCCAGCAAAUUAUGACAGACAAUCAGACGCAAACCAUGGAGCUGCUGAACGACCUGGAAACGAUUUUUUCCAACAACUCAGCAGGUCACUCGUUGGAUAACCGGAGUCUUUUAACAGAUACUCACUCCAACCCUGACAUUCCCUUAAGCUCCGUCCCUACCCAGAACGCAGGGAUAGAUUUUGACCUUGAGGAAUUCUUUACCGCCUCCAACAUCCAAACUCAAACCGAAGAGGCUGAAUUUGGCAACUUGAACUCGGUGCCGCCCUUGGAGUCCCUAGACAUUGAAACCCAAACCGAUUUGUUUUCAGACCACGACACCCAAUCCUACACCUCUCGGAGUAAUUCUAAUUUCUUAGGCUUAGAAAUGUUUGACACGCAGACCCAGACGGACUUAAAUUUCUUCCUGGACACUCCCUACCUGCCUCUGGGGAACAUCUUGAAGCCCUCCGCUUUUCUGAUGAGCGCCGACUCUUCCAAUACGGAAACCCAAACAGAAAUGAGAUGUCCUGACAGCGAGAUCUCCGAUCCUAUGUCAGAGAGCAAAGUCCAGCUGAACAGCGCUGAAACGCAAACCAUAGACAGCUGUCUUGAUACCCUGGGCAGUUUAUUUCUCACCACCAACGAGACUCAGACGGUUAUGGACGAUUUCCUUUUGGCUGACCUGGCCUGGAAUACGAUGGAGUCGCAGUUUAGUUCCGUAGAGACACAAACCUGUGCAGAAUUGUGCUCUUUGCUUCAGGGGUCCGACAAAGCAGGCUGUUGAAUGCCGUUCUCACACGGCAGCAUUUUGAAGGUUAAGUUAUAAGGGGGAAGAAAACAUAACUGGGGUUAGCUCUACCAAGGGUAACUAACUAUAAAGCCUCGGUUUACAGACCGUGUCAGAUUGCAAAAGUACUUUCACUGUUGUGUAUUGUGACUAAUUUAAGCCCUGUUGCAUAUGGUUACAGUUGUACGUUAUGUUUGGGCACUUUGUAAGGCUUCUGCUGCUUGCCUCUGCUAUCCUGAAUGAAUGUUCACAAACCCAAAGUUCUCCUCUCAUCGGUUUUAAUCAUGUCUGACAUCUGACCUUGAUGGAUACUGAUGCUAAAGGUUUUUGUUUUUUUUUGAGAAUUAACAAUAUGACUUCUGAGUAAACAUAAUGCCCCAAGUUUUAACUCUGUAACUUUUCCUUUUUGUUGUUUUUCUGCAUAUACUGGUGUCGGUUGCCCCUGCUUAUAAGAAGUUGAUCUCUUACGAGGUCUCCAGCAAGUCCUAUGAAUUCAGUCUUCAGCAUAUUGAUCUGUUACAGUUGACCAGUUCUGCAACCAUGUCAGUUCCAGUGUUAUUAAACGUAAUAUU